AAGCAAGGGAAGUUAUUAUGUCACAGGAGGGAAGGGUCUGGAUUGGACAGGAGGCUCCUGAGCAGCUGCUAUAAAACCUGAAGCUGCAGGAAGGCACGGAAACGCAGAGAAGACGACAGACAGCAGAGUUUUAUCUCCAGAAUCAAGAUGCAGCUCUGCAGCCAUCUUUUGAUCAUCUGCCUGCUGUCCAUCAUCCUGCAAUGCAACGUCCUUGGAGUCCAACAGCAGCCGGCUCAGCACAUAGACGGGCCCGGGCUGAGGAGGCUGGCCGUCCUGUGGCAGCAUCCAGGAAGGAUGAAGCCCAGACUGGAGCUCAGCGCCAAACUCCUCCGAACAGACGACCUGAUGAUGAUGGAGAACGACGUGACUGAGCCCAAGAGGAAGAGGAGUUUCCCUGGGAACAACGCCCCGCUGGACCGGCUGUCUGUGAGCUCCAUGGAAACCAGACAGGGCAAGAAGAAGCAGAGCAAGGCGGUGGAGUCGCCACGGCGACGAAGCAAUCUGCCUCCCAUCGACCGAGUCGGAAUGAGGCGUCUACCGACGACUCGAGGAUAGCAGGAUGCCCUCAUCUGGACAGUCGAGUCUCUGCAUAAAUAUCAGCCAACCACCUGCUGAACCACGAUGACUCGUCACCUCACCUGGACACGCUCUAAGUGAUGGUGCAUUCAGGUGCAGUUCAAUAAAUUGAAGACCAGCAGCUUAAGUCUUAAGGAGAGACAAACUUCUUCACAAAAACACAACAUUCAUUACAUCCUUUCAUGCAUUUUAAUGCAACUUUCCAUCAAACACCAAAACUAUGGUUCUUUUCUUAAAGUGAAAAAAACCGCAUCGAAUUCUUUAGGCAAAAAUUAUGAGAAACACCCAAAAUAUUCAAAUAAAUGCGACAACAAAGUCAAUUAUGAUCAAAUAUAAAUGUUUAAUACCAGAACUGAUUAAGAUGAUUUGAACACCUCAAGUCCAACAAUCUAUUAAUGGUGUUAGAAAAAUACCUUUGGUCAAAUAAUGUAAUUUAUUUAGAAAAGCUCAUUAUUAAUAAUAAUUAUUACUGUUAGGGCUGAUCUUGCAUCAGACUUUUUAGCUCCACCUGAACGCACCAUCUCCGGCUCUCCCUGCUGUCACCUGACGGGAGGCGACCGCCGCCUCGACUCAAAACGUCCGACACGACUGGAGCUUCCUGCUCCAGGACGCAUUUCUGCUGCCACACAGGAACACACCGAUGGGAGGCUGCAGCCGCUUUCCACUAUAACGAUUAAACUUGUUUCUUCAACAAGCGACGUUAAAUCUGCCAAACAAUUCAUGACAGACUUUUUUGAAAUGUUCUCUUAUCAAAUAAAGUCAAAAUGUAUGUAAAUUCAGAAAAGUGUCAUCUUAAAAGGUAGAAAACCACGUUAAUAUGCUGAACUUUUAUUUGAAACAGUUUUCACAUUGUCUUCAUUCUUGUAAAGAAAAAAAAAUUUACCCCAUUUAUUUCAACAUCUACGAUGAAAAGAUGAUUUUCUGUAUCUUGUCACCACAAUGUGAAUUCAGAAGUUUAAACUGUAUGAACUGAAAGCAUUUUAAACUUUACCACAUCUGAACCCAAAAUUAACUUGUUUUGCAUUUAAACUGUCUAAAUUCUUUGUGUUUGAGUCCAAAUGUUUGAAUUUUUAUGUAGAUUUACUUAAUUCUGUAAUAGUGGCCUAAAUCUGUCCGUUCCAUCCUCCUUGGGUUGAACAGUGCUACUGCACUUAAGUUUUCCGACUGGUUACAGCAGUUCAGUCGAUGUUUGACUG